GUUCUAAUAUAACGCUAUGUGUUAGUCGCAUGCAAAUAUAUGAAUUUCCAAUAUAUGAGUACAUCGAUGUAGGCCACUUCGUUUAUGUUGAAAACAUUUCUCGUUAGUGUUUACUUAUUGUAAUCUCAGCAUGCAUUAUUACAAAACGGUUUGGUUGAGUAAUUGUUUUAAAAUAAAUACAUUUUUAUACAAGACAAAGGAACAUUUCCUUAUCUUCCAAAAACAGUAGUGAAGCAUUAUGGGUGGUCAGGUGUCCAUUGAUGAGAAUGUCCAUGUGGUGAUUGUCGGUGGUGGUUUUGGUGGCAUUGCAGCUGCUCAACACCUUAAACAUCAUGGAGUGCCCUUCAUGCUUAUUGACGUCCUGGAUGCGUUUCAUCACAAUGUUGCAGCGCUGCGUGCCUCAGUUCAAGCUGGUUUUGCUAAACAGACAUUCAUACCAUACAAAGAGACAUUUGGACUGAAUUUCAUCCAAGGCCGUGUCAUGCAGAUCAACACAGAAACUCAGACUGUUGUGCUUGACAAUGGAAAGCAAGUACGUUAUUCACACCUCAUUCUGUGCACUGGAACAAGUGGACAUUUCCCAGGCAAACACAAUUCUGUGGACACCUACCAAUCAGCCAUUAAGAAGUAUGAGGACUUUGUCAAAGUGAUCCAGGAAGCAAACACGGUUGUAGUUGUUGGUGGUGGAACCACCGGUACUGAAAUGGCUGCUGAGAUCAGGACUGAAUUUACUGACAAGAAGGUGAUUCUGAUCCACCCGCAUGAGGAGGUGGCUGAUCCUGAUCUAUUGCCUUCUGUCAAAGAACAAGCCAAACAGGUGCUGCUGGAAAAGGGGGUGGAGCUUUUGCUAGGGCAGAAAGUGACAAACCUUGAUGAGCUGGAAUUGAAUGUGUUUCGGAAAGGCAUGGUGGUCAAGACCAAUAAAAAUGAGCAGGUCACUGCUGAUCUAGUCAUCUGCUGCACAGGAAAUAAGAUCAACUCUGAAGCAUACAGGUCCAGUCUGACUGCAUCUAUGGCAGAGAGUGGUGCUCUAAAGGUAAACCAGCACCUGCAAGUAGAAGGCUUUGACAAUGUGUAUGCUGUGGGUGACUGUGCCAAUCUCGAUGAACCCAAGUUAGCAUAUCAUGCGGGACUUCAUGCUGCGGUUGCUGCAACCAAUAUCAUAAACAGUCUGACCGGAAAAUGUUUAACCUCAUAUCGCACAGGAAAUGUGACUAUGCUGAUUGCUAUGGGCAAGGAUGCUGGAGUAGGCCAGUUUAAUGGCUAUAAACUACCUCGAUUUCUGGUCACCAAGGGAAAGAGCCAAAGCUUGCUGCUGUGGAAGAGCUGGAGGGAAAUGGGCCAAAAAGCACCUAAUUAACACAAGGUUAACAAACAGUGUUUACGUUGUACUCAAAAUGUCUGAACUAUAACACGGUUCCAUCUUACUUGAUUACUUUUUUAACAGAAUUAUUAAACCAACAGAAGGAUGCUUCAUAUUGUACAAAUAGCAAAGAUUAUAUAUACUUCUAUGUAACAUUAUUUGUAAUAUUUUUUAGAACAAUCAAAAGCACCAUUUUAUAUACUUAUACAUGUUUGCUCUUGUGACUCUUCAUUUGUAGUAGUUUGUUCUCAUGUCUUCCUGCAUUGACCACGUGAUGUUUGAUGAAUAACUGGUGUGUCUCCACUAGAGGGCGGUCAUAGAAUAUAUAUCAAAUCCCUGUAGUCUGGUCAACAAAACAAGAUGAUGCUGAGUCACUGAAUAGAUAUAGUUUUUCAUAAUUGCAUAUUGAAAUAAAAAAAUAAUUAAAGUGCUUUUUUCAAAAAUCAUCCAAAAUUGCACAAUCGACUUUAGAAACAGUGAAUGUCUUUACUCAUGUGUUUUUCUGAACUUGAUUAACUGAGUGAUUCACAGAAAGUGGAGCAAAUCAAAUUAGCCUAAAUCAUUUUUAAGAAACCAUUAAAGCUGUCUAAUCGGG